GAGGUGGGCCUUCCUAAGGAAGCCCCGCGCUUACCUCGUCGGAAGCCUUCAGAAUCUCCUUUCACUCUUCAAGAGGUCGGCUGUGAGCCAUGUCCGUUUGUGGAACGCCACUGGGCACCGGACUGGGCUUUGAGGUUUGGGAGUCAAUUUGGCUGUGGAAUGCAGGUGGAGUGGAAUGUCGAAUGUCUAGCUAGAGUCUAGGCGUUUGAUGGAUCAAUUUAGACCGUUUGCCGUGCUUUUUCACCCUGAAUGCUUCAACUUCCCUUUUUGAUGGCUUGGUGCGGUCUGCUAGAUCAGAACCUCCUGUAAUCAUGGUAAUCAUGUAAUCAGAACACCCUGUAGUCUGUGAGGUUGUGCAAUGACCAUGCGGGGCCCCCAUGUAUUGAGUGUCAAUAGAAUGUGUCAGUUCAGCACUCUUAUUCGGAGUAAAUGCUGAGAAGACUAGGACUAGAUUCUUGCUUUCCGCUGUAUUAUCUGUACUGAUACAUGCAUUCCGGAGUCAUGUUGUGCAGAGUACACACUUUGCUUUUGGUGCAGAUUCCUGACAUGAGCUUGCCGAGGGCGCAGGACUUUGACUUAUUUGAUGAGUUGGAUCGGAUGAGGCCUCGACUGAGUUUCAAGGUUGAGGACGACGACUUGGAGAACUAUCAGGUGCACCAGGCAAGUACCAUCUUUGAUUUCUUGACAAGCAAGGUGGAGAGAACGAAUAUCCAGAGCUUUUUGGAGUUGAAGGACAAGCCCGAAGAUGGUCGCAGGCGUGCAUCCACUUGUUCGACCUGCGCCACCUUGGCAGAGGUCCACUGCAUCCUAGUAUCCGCAUCAGAGGGGUCGCUUAGUACUGGCGAGGCAUCGAACUACGACAAUGACGCCAGGUUCUUCAAAGUGGAUUUUGGCUGAUGUGAGUAACGUGAGUUGCACAUGUUCCUGGAAAUUCCACACUUAAAGCUCCGGAAGCUCUGGACAAGCGUGUUCCACUUUGACGAGCCUCGGGUAGCCACCGGAAGGGCAACACUGGAGAGCUCAGAAGAGGUGAGUUGCAACCUGUUUGAGCCUUCAGCGCGUUCAUAUAUUGCUGAACUAUGGCAAUGGGUUCAAACUGACGGACAUCUCCUUUCUCCUG